AUGCUGCGGGUGAAGAUGUCUCGGAGACGGUCGCAGUCCCAGAAGGAGAACCGAGACAAGGCACUGAACAGCCGCAGGCAGCUUGACAAACUCCCGGAGUUGGAAUGUUCUCAACUGGACAUGUCGGUUGUUGAAAAUGUGUCAGUAGUUCAGGAAAAAGCAUCGAAUGCGAAACAAGUGAAAAGUGAGUUGUUUUUGUGUGUGGUGGUUCUGUUGUGCAUUCGUGGUUUACUUAUUUAGCAAGCUAAACAGUAUUGUCUAGGGCAGGGGUUACCAAACGUUUUUCACUCAGUUCCCCCUACCAGCAUUAGAACAUCCCGCGCCCCCCUUGCACGCGCCACGUAUAUUUCUAUGGGCACACGCUGUUCACACCCCUGUUGUUGGUGGACAGAAAAUGUUGCAGGUUUAAAGCUCAUUUUCUUGCAAUUCUAUAAAUGUUGCCGUGUCUCAUGUAUAUUCAUAUUAUAAUUGAGUGACUCAAACAUUACAACAAUCUAAGGGCUGAAAAACCUAGCUAAAAACGUUAACUGACAUGGGCUUGUUGAUCUGGACAUUUCUGACAAUUUAUAAAUACAUUUUUAAGGUCUGCAAUGACUAACGUGACUAGAGGAAAACUGAUACACUAUCCAAAUUUGAAAUUGCACCUUGUGUAUUCUACUAUUACCACUGAAGAAUACGUUGAAAGCUGGACUGAGUUCCUUAAAAAAUAUAUAUAUAUUACACAACACACUACCAGUCAAAAGUUUGGACACCAACUCAUUCAAGGGUUUUUCUUUAUUUGUACUAUUUUUUUUACAUUGUAGAAUAAUAAUGAAGACAUCAAAACUAUGAAAUAACACAUGGAAUCAUGUAGUAACCAAAAAAGUGUUAAACAAAUCAAAAUAUAUUUUAUAUUUGAGACUCUUCAAAUAGCCACCCUUUGCCUUGACAGCUUUGCACACUCUUGGCAUUCUCUCAACCAGCUUCACCUGGAAUGCUUUUCCAACAGUCUUCAAGGAGUUCCCACAUAUGCUGAGCACUUGUUGGCUGCUUUUCCUUCACUCUGCCAUCCGACUCAUCCCAAACCAUCUCAAUUGGGUUGAGGUCGGGGGAUCUGAACACAGCCUGGAGGUGUGUUGGGUCAUUGUCCUGUUGAAAAACAAAUGAUAGUCCCACUAAGCCCAAAGCAGAUGGGAUGGCGUAUCGCUGUAGAAUGCUGUGUUAGCCAUGCUGGUUAAGUGUGCCUUGAAUUCUAAAUAAAUCACAGACAGUGUCACCAGCAAAGCACCCCCACACCGUAACACCACCUCUUCCAUGCGUUACGGUGGGAAAUACACAUGCGGAGAUCAUCCGUUCACCCACACCGCGUCUCACAAAGACACAGCGGUUGGAACCAAAAAUCUCAAAUUUGGACUCCAGACCAAAGGACAAAUUUCCACCGGUCUAAUGUCCAUUGCUCGUGUUUCUUGGCCCAAGCAGGUCUCUUCUUCUUAUUGGUAUCCUUUAGUAGUGGUUUCUUUGCAGCAAUUUGACCAUGAAGGCCUGAUUCACACAGUCUCCUCUGAACAGUUGAUGUUGAGGUGUGGCUGUUACUUGAACUCUGUGAAGCAUUUAUUUGGGCUGCAAUUUCUGAGGCUGGUAACUCUAUUGAACUUAUCCUCUGCAGCAGAGGUGACUCUGGUCUUCCAUUCCUGUGGUGGUCCUCAUGAGAGACAGUUUCAUCAUAGCGCUUGAUGGUUUUUGUGACUGCACUUGAAGAAACUUUCAAAGUUCAUGAAAUGUUCCUUAUUGACUGACCUUCAUGUCUUAAAGUAAUGAUGGACUGUCGUUUCUCUUUGCUUAUUUGAGCUGUUCUUGCCAUAAUAUGGACUUGGUCUUUUACCAAAUAGGGCUAUCCCCCCCCCCCAAAAAAAAUUGUAAAGUGGUUAUCCCACUGGCUAUAGGGUGAAUGCAUCAAUUUGUGAGUCGCUCUGGACUAGAGCGUCUGCUAAAUGACGUAAAUGUGCCCUUGAGCAAGGCACUUAACCCUAAUUGCUCCUGUAAGUCGCUCUGGAUAAGAGCGUCUGCUAAAUGACUAAAAUGUAAUGUAAAUGUAAUCUUCUGUAUACCCCCCCCCCUACCUUGUCACAACACAACUGAUUGGCUCAAACACAUUAAGAAGGAAAUAAAUUCCACAAAUAACUUAAGGCACACCUGUUAAUUGAAAUGCAUUCCAGGUGACUACGUCAUAAAGCUGGUUGAGAGAAUGCCAUGAGUGAAAGCUGUCAUCAAGGCAAAGGGUGGCUACUUUGAAGAAUCUCAAAUAUAAAAUAUAUUUUGAGUUGUUUAACACUUUUUUUGUUUACUACAUGAUUCCAUAUGUUAUUUCAUAGUUUUGAUGUCUUCACUAUUAUUCUACAAUGUAAAAAAUUGCAAAAAUAAAGAAAAACCCUGGAAUGAGUAGGUGUGUCCAAACUUUUGACUGGUACUGUAUCUCUGAACAAAAAUAUAAACGCAACAUAAAGUGUUGGUCCCAUGUUUCAUGAGCUGAAAUAAAAUAUCCCAGAAACCUUCCAUACACACAAGCUUAUUUCUGUAAAAUGUGUUUACAUGCCUGUUAGUGAGAAUUUCUCCUUUGCCAAGAAAAUACAUCCACGUGACAGGUGUGGCAUAUCACGAAACUGAUUGAACAGCAUGAUCAUUACACAGGUGCGCCUUGUGCUGGGGAGAAUAAAAGGCCACUCAAAUGUGCAGUUUUUGUCACACAACACAAUGCCACAGAUGUCUCAUGUUUUGAGGGAACGUGCAAUUGGCAUGCUGACUGUAUGAAUGGCACCAGAGCUGUUGCCAAAUAAUUUAAUGUUCAUUUCUCUACCAUAAGCCGCCUCCAACGUCGUUUUAGAGAAUUUGGCAGUACGUCCAACAGGCCUCACAACCGCAGACCAUGUGUAACCACGCCAGGACCUCUACAUCCGGCUUCUUCACCUGCGGAAUCGUUUGAGACCAGCCACCCGGACCUAAGAAUUUCUGCACAAACUGUCAAAAACCGUCUCAGGGAAGCUUAUCUCUGUGCUCGUCGUCCUCACCAAGGUCUUUACCUGACUGCAGUUCGGCGUCGUAAUUAAAUUCAGUGGGCAAAUGCGCACCUUUGAUGGCCGCUGGCAUGCUGGAGAAGUGUGCGCAUCACGGAUGAUUCCUGGUUUCAACUGUACCGGGCAGAUAAUGGGACCCAUCGGCAUGUUUGGUUUUCGCCAGGCAUAAUGGAACCCAUCUCAUCCAAAAAGUUGACUCCAGUUUGCCAAAAAGCACCUGGAUGAUCAUCAAGACUCUUGGAAGAAUGUUCUAUGGACAGAUGAGUCAAAAGUAUAUUUUUUUGGAUGACAUGCAUUCCACAGUAAGAACCUAAAAAGCAACAAAUGUACAUUUUGGAAUGGCCUAGUCAAAGGCCACACCUAAUCCCAAUUGAGAUGUUGUGGCAGGACUUGAAACGAGCAGUUCAUGCUUGAAAACCCACAAAUGUCGCUGAGUUAAAGCAGUUCUGCAUGGAAGAGUGGGCCAAAAUUCUUCCACAGCGAUGUGAGAGAUCAACAAUUACAGGAAGCGUUUGGUUGGAGUCAUUGCCACUAAAGGUCAAACAACCAGUUAUUGAGUGUAAGGGGGCAAUUACUUUUUCACACUGGCAUUGGGAGUUGCAUAACUUUUUAUGUAAGUGUUGUUAUUUGUUCGCUCAGGUUCCCUUUAUCUAAUAUUAGGUUUUGGUUGAAGAUCUGAUAACAUUCAGUAUUUUUAAAAAAUAUGCAAAAGUAGAGAAAAUUAGGAAGGGUGCAAAUACUUUUUCACAACACUAUAUAUUUAUUUAUUAUUUUGGGGGGGCCGCCGCACCCCCCCUACUGACCCAAGGGGUGCGUGCCCCACAGUUUGGGAACCACUGCUCUAGGUAAUGUUACUGUAGCCAGGUUAGCUGGCUACAAUAUUUUAUUCUCUGAAACUGGAGUAUGUCAAAAAAAAAUGAGCCUGAGCCUACUUCACCCUCAUGCCUCUUCAUCCUCCACUCCCACUAAUAUUAUGUAAUCCCACACUGAUCUAUUUUCUCUCUAACUCCCUCCUUCUUUUUCUCAGACGCUGCAGUGGAGGAGCGAAUUAAAAAGCUGGCCCGUUACAAAGAGAAGAAGGAGCUUGUGAAGGAGAAAGAGAAGAGAGCAAGGGAGAAGAAGGGGGUGUUCAAGGUUGGGCUGUACCGGCCCCUGGCCCCUCUGCCUCAGGCCCCAGCUGCUACAAUCAAAGCCAGGGUGAGAGGGCACAGUUUAACACUGACUCCGUAUACUGCUGACAUAUCUGUAGAUAUUAUAUCCAUCGUCCUUGGGAGUCACUGUUCAAUCAUUGAUUUGAUGAAGAUGUGAUUGACUCAUCACCGGAGGUUGAACUUCGAUGUGUCCAAAAAACAUUAGCAUAUAAGAACAGAAGAACUGCUGUUCUUAGUGGUUGUUACAUGGCCAUAACUUGGCCUUUCCCCCAACCAGGCAACAACGGCAGUGGUCCAGCCCCAAUCCACCAGAGUGACUCGCUCCAACAUGAGGCAGCAGGCCCCCAAGGUAAUUUUUCCUGCCAAGUCUACAUUUGUUCUGCACAUGUCUUUAUAUAAGAUUUUCUGUUACAUUAUUUAGUCAAGAACUAUAAUAGCUGCUUUUUGGAAUAACCAUAUAAUUGACAAUAUGCAGUAUUUUCUCUGUUCCAUUGACCUAGUUACCACAAUCUAAUGACACUCUUCCUGUUUCAAGAAAAGGUUGGUGUUUCUUUACCCCCACCUUACCUCUAAAACAAUUAUUCCACCCUAUAUCAUUUUACAUUUUAAAUUUUAGUCAUUUAGCAGACGCUCUUAUCCAGAGCGACUUACAGUUAGUGCAUACAUUAUUUUUUACAUACUGGCCCCCCGUGGGAAUCAAACCCACAACCCUGGCGUUGCAAAAGCCAUGCUGCUCCAAAUCAUCUUUAAAUUGUGUGCAUGAUUCAACACCUGCUAACCCUUAACCUCUACCUGAUUCUGUCUUAGUUGAACCAGCUGUGGUCAGGUCAACCAGGAGGACCAGGAUCGCUAUAGGUAACACUCCUAACUAUGACAACAAUCUGUCAACUGUACUAUACACAGCUAUUCUAUACGUUACUCUCCAUGCCUUUUGUUUUGCCAAUUAUUUGACCCUGGUAAACAUAUCCUUGACUUGUAACUUAUGACUGUUAUUUUUCCACUUUACUGCAGUUGAACAAGUAGUCAGAGCCCCAUCCACAAGGUCAGCUAAUAUUCCUCCGGUCUCUGUGGCCCCUGUGGCAAAGGACAAACCUGCUGCAGCGCCCAAGACCAGAUCAAAUGCCAAGCAGUCUGCAGCACCACCUGUUGGCAGAGGGAGGAACACCAGGGGUGAGCAUUGGCAGCUGACGUCCCAACCUUGUUAUGCACCAUUCUUCAACAACAUUUUGCGUGCUUUUCAACGUUAUUUCUGCAUUCAAAAAUUAUGAUUUGGCAAUCUCUUUAGGGAGCAAUAAGCAGGCUGCUGUGAAAGUGGACGAGCCAUUAGAGGACCACAGGUCUGCCAGCCCCCCACCCCCCAGUGCAGAGGAGGAUGAGAAGAUGGUAGAAGGCCCUGCUCCAGAACCUGUCCCAUCCCAGGCCGACCCCAUCCUCCCUCCAGCCCCCACCCCGUCCUCCUUCGCCCCCCAGGGCUUUGUGUUCCAGGCCCCAGCAGGCCUGUCCUCCUUCAAGCCCACCCCUCUCACUCCCCGCUCUGCAGACUCCUUCUUCAAACCCAGGUAACUUUGUGUGUUUGAUUCCUCGCAACCUCUCUGCACCUUCAUCCUCUCUGCACCUUCUUCCUCUCUGCACCUUCUCGAAUGGCAUUGGAGGAGACGAUCACCUCAGAUCUUCUCCUCCAAUGAGUUUUAGGGGGUCGAGGAGAGGAUUCGAGGAAAUACUUUUUAGGGCGGCAGGUAGCCUAGUGGUUAAGAGCAUUGGGCCAGUAACCGAAAGGUUGAUGGUUGGAACCCCCGAGCCGACUGUAAAAUCUGUCGACGUGCCCCAAUUGCUUCUGUAAGUCUCGCUGUAUAAGAGACAUAUUUACUAGGUUUAGUCAGAUAUAUUUCUUCAGAGUAUGAAAACCUGGUUGAUAUACCGUUACUGCUUAUUAAAAUAUGACCGGCUGUCAUUUUGUAGCUUUGUGUAUGUACUAAACUGUUUUCAUCCUCUCCUCUCCAGUGUCCCUGUUCUACACCCUGUUCCACUCAGGCCCUCUGAUAACUUGGUAACCAAAAUGGAACUCAGUGUUCCCUCUCCUGCCAAGUCCCCUUCUCACUCACCACCUCGCCCUUCUCCUACUCUGGCCCCUCUGUGUCUUCCGAGUCCCAAAGAACCAGAGCAUGAUGUGCCCUACUUCAGGUGAGGGUUACAUUUUACCUGACAAAUGCAUCCAUAAAAUGUGAAACCAAGUCAACAGCUAUGUUCCUCACCCAGACUAGUAUUGGUGUAUCAUGUGAAUGUCUGCCGUGUGUCUGUCAGGUCAGUGGUGGUCAGUGAGACAGAGAGCCUGACAGAAUUUUGUCAGCAGUGGGAGUCCAGGGUGGAUGAUGUCUCUGUCCCUGAAGAGAGUGAGUGACUCUUCAUGUGUUUUAACCAUUAUAAUGCUAUUGAUUCUGAUUUCUAUAAGCAAAAUGAAUCACAACACAUUUCCUCAAUGUAUCCUUUUCUCUCAUUACCUUUCCUAACUGUGUUGAUCUCCAUCCCUGUGAAGUGUGUGACCGUAUGCGUACGGCGGUGGGCCAGGCCAGGCUGCUGAUGAAGGAGAGGUUUGGUCAGUUCUCUGGCCUGGUGGAUGACUGUGAGCUGGGCAGAGGAGAAAAGAUCACCACCUGCACCGACCUGCAAGGCUUCUGGGACAUGGUCUCCUACCAGGUGGGUUAGUGACUAGGAGGACAUGGUCUCCUACCAGGUGGGUUAGUGACUAGGAGGACAUGGUCUCCUACCAGGUGGGUUAGUGACUAGGAGGGCAUGGUCUACGGUGUGUGUGUGUAGAAUUAGAUGAACAGACAGUCAGACACUGGUGGUUAAACUCUGUUGAUGCCUGUCUGUUAACACUAAAGCUAAACUAUACUAGCUACCUCUAGGAAGAAUGACCACCUAGAUUGGUACAGCAUUCUAAAAGGUUGAAAAUGUGGAUGCAAGCUUUCUAAAAAGAGUACUCCCUCUCUCGCUCUCUCCUUGUUCGACUCUUCCUCUGUCAGGUAGAGGACGUGAACAAGAAGUUUGGUGCUCUGAAGGAGGCAGAGUCUAAGGGUUGGCAGGAGGAGAGCAAGCCCCCACCACGACAGAGGAAGGUGGUCAAGAAGCCGCCCUCUGCUCUGGUGCCUAAGCCUGCCGGUGGUGCUGUCGCCAAGUCUCGUCUGGCUGCCAUCAAGGCUGCAAUAAAGGCCAAGCAGCAGGCUGCAGAGGCAGAGAAGGCAGCGCAGGCCGCAGGGCCAGGCAGUGCUGUGGACAACCCUGCUCCAGCUCCUCAGGACCCCCAGGCGGAGACCCAGGCCCCAGAGCCACCGGUGGUGGUGUUCCAGGGAGGCUUCUUCCAGGUUGAGAGUCCUGCCAAACUCACAGGUGAGACUCAUACCUCCACCGUUCUUCACCCACACUUCCUCAACUGCUGUGAUGCUCAGAGAUAUUGAUGGAGGCAGAGAAAGAUGUGUAGAAUGGCAGGCCGAAAGGUUUGUUCGGACCUGGAAGACCCCUGGCCUCUCCCUCUGUCAGUGUUCGAGGUACCUGGUAAAGCUGUGUAGAGAUUGUAAGUUGGGCAUUGACUGAUUGCUGUAUGGUCUGUCUGUUUCUUUCCAGGCUCUGUGAGGAGAUCCACCCGUGUAUCUGCCAUGCCUCAGGCUUCUCCCUGUUCAGUCACCAAGUUCUCCACCUCUGGCAGAACCCGCCACUCCAACACUGCUGCAGCUGCACACGCCUCCCCACUCCCCUGCCUCACCCUCUCCCCUGCUCACCCCACCCUCACCCCUGCCUGCUCCACCCUCACCCCUGCCUGCCCGUCUGAUGCCACCCCACUCCGUACCCCUCACACUGAUCAUGAACCUCAGUCCUACACCCUGGCCCAAAGUAGCCCCACCAGAGUCUCUCUCUGCUUCUCACCAGUCAAAGAAGCUCUGAUGGACACCCAGUCAGAGGAAGGCCCCAGCAACCAACCAGAGCUAGCCUCUGUGCAGAAUGACGUCACUCCUGACCAACCAGAACCCGAGAGCAUGCAGGAAGCUGUAGCUUGUGACCAAUCGGAGCUUGUUUCAGAGCCCACUGUUUGCCCUGAGGAGCACUAUGUGAGCUGUGAGUCUGAAGAAAUCGGCCAAUCACCAUCCAACACACAACAGCUGACCAAUGACGAACAGCACCAAGAAGCCUUCAGCCAAACGGUGUUGGCCACAGAGGAGCCCAACCAAUUAGAGCUCCAGGACAGAAAAGAGGCUUUAGAGGCCUACGAUACCAGCCUACCCAUCUCACCAGGGCUUCCCCUCUCACCCUCACUGCCCCACACCCAAGUCAGGAGCCCUGCCUUCAGCUUCAACCUCUCCCCCACCCCAGCUAGGCCAAGACUUACUGAGGCCAGCCUAUCUCCUCUCUCCUGCCUGGUGCCCCCCUCCUCUCCUCCUGCUGUCCAGGUCUCCCUCGGCUUCCCAGCUGAUGCCGACGUACCAGUGACCGUGACUCCAGACACUUCCAUCACUGAGGUAAGUGUUUUGUAAAAGAAGAUGUCUCAUCUUUAUGUAUUUCUAAAUUACUGGCAAGAGUUAAUCUAUUUUUUUUCUUUCUCAAAAUACACCAGGGUAUUCCGGGUUUGGACUUUGAGCGCUACCUCCAACCUGCAGUGAGGUGCAGCCUGUCGCCACGGGAGCUGGCUGUUGCCGAGGAGAUGCUGUCGCCCAUGGCGAUAGAUGUAGAAAUGGAGACUCCAUUGGCUCCGUCUGGAGAGCCCCCUCAGGAGGAAGUGUCGACUCCCACAGGUAACGUGUUUGUGCUUGGAUACGGUUAAUCCUAGAUAUUUGUAUUCCUUAUGGUGGAUUUGUUUUCAUUUUUAUUUUCCCUCCUUCUCACUCCCAUCACAGCUUUUCCCAGUUUGGCACAAAUGUUGACCCCACGGACGACACAGGUUAACUUCCUUGUUUUACCCUCUUCUUUCUCUCUUGCGUGUGUGUACAGUGCCUUCGGAAAGUUUUUAGACCCCUUGACUUUUUCCACAUUUUCUUACAUUACAGCCUAUUUCUAAAAUGGAUUAAAUAAAUAAAAAUCCUCAGCAAUCUACACACACUACCCCAUAAUGACAAAGCAAAAACAGGUUUUUAGAUAUUUUAGCAAAUGUAUUAAAAUUAAAAAACAGAUACCUUAUUUACAUAAGUAUUCAGACCCUUUGCUAUGAGACUCGAAAUUGAGUUCAGGUGCAUCCUGUUUCCAUUAAUCAUCCUUGUGAUGUUUCUACAACUUGAUUAGAGUCCACCUGUGGUAAAUUCAAUUGAUUGGACAUGAUUUGGAAAGGUGCACACCUGUCUAUAUAAGGUCCCACAGUUGACAGUGCAUGUCAGAGCAAAAACCAAGCCAUGAGGUCGAAGGAAUUGUCUGUAGAACCGAGAGACAGGAUUGUGUCGAGAAACAGAUCUGGGGAAGGGUGCCAAAAAAUGUCUGCAGCAUUGAAGGUCCCCAAGAACACAGUGGCCUCCAUCAUUCUUAAAUGGAAGAAGUUUGGAACCACCAAGACUCUUCCUAGAGCUGGCCGCUCGGCCAAACUGAGCAAUCGGGGGAGAAGGGCCUUGGUCAGGGAGGUGACCAAGAACCCGAUGGUCACUCUGACAGAGCUCUAGAGUUCCUCUGUGGAGAUGGGAGAGCCUUCCAGAAGGACAACCAUCUGUGCAGCACUCCACCAAUCACGCCUUUAUGGUAGAGUGGCCAGACGGAAGCCACUCCUCAGUAAAAGGCACAUGACAGCCCACUUGGAGUUUGCCAAAAGGCACCUAAAGACUCAGACCAUGAGAAACAAGAUUCUCUGGUCUGAUGAAACCAAGAUUGAACUCUUUAACCUGAAUGCCAAGUGUCACGUUUGGAGGAAACCUGGCACCAUCCCUACGGUGAAGCAUGGCUGUGGCAGCAUCAUGCUGUGGGGGUGUUUUUCAGCAGCAGGGACUGGGAGACUAGUCAGGAUCGAGGCAAAGAUUAACGGAGCAAAGUACAGAGAGAUUCUUGAUAACCUGCUCAGAACCUCAGACUGGGGCGAUGGUUCACCUUCCAACAGGACAACGACCCUAAGCACACAGCCAAGACAACGCAGGAGUGGCUUCGGGACAAGUCUCUGAAUGUCCUUGAGUGGCCCAGCCAGAGCCCGGACUUGAACCCGAUCGAACAUCUCUGAAGUGACCUGAAAAUAGCUGUAAAGCGACGCUCCCCAUCCAACCUGACAGAGCUUGAGAGGAUCUGCAGAGAAGAAUGGUAGAAACCCCCCAAAUACAGGUGUGCCAAGCUUGUAGCGUCAUACCCAAGAAUACUUGAGGCUGUAAUUGCUGCCAAAGGUGCUUUUAACAAAGUACUGAGUAAAGGGUCUGAAUACUUAUAUAAAUGUGAUAUUUCAGUUUUUUUGUUUGUAAUACAUUUGCACAAAUUUCUAAAAUCCUGUUUUUGCUUUGUCAUUAUGGGGUAUUGUGUGUAGAUUGAGGGGAAAUAAACAAUUGAAUCAAUUUUAGAGUAAGGCUGUAACGUAACAAAGUGGAAAAAGUCAAGGGGUAUAAAUACUUUCCAAAUGCAGUGUGUAUGUAUGUACAGUGGGGAGAAUAAGUAUUUGAUACACUGCCGAUUUUGCAGGUUUUCCUACUUACAAAGCAUGUAGAGGUCUGUCAUUUUUAUCAUAGGUACACUUCAACUGUGAGAGACGGAAUCUAAAACAAAAAUCCAGAAAAUCACAUUGUAUGAUUUUUAAGUAAUUAAUUUGCAUUUUAUUGCAUGACAUAAGUAUUUGAUACAUCAGAAAAGCAGAACUUAAUAUUUGGUACAGAAACCUUUGUUUGCAAUUACAGAGAUCAUACGUUUCCUGUGGGUCUUGAUCAGGUUUGCACACACUGCAGCAGGGAUUUUGGCCCACUCCUCCAUACAGACCUUCUCCAGAUCCUUCAGGUUUCGGGGCUGUCGCUGGGCAAUAUGGACUUUCAGCUCCCUCCAAAUAUGUUCUAUUGGGUUCAGGUCUGGAGACUGGCUAGGCCACUCCAGGACCUUGAGAUGCUUCUUACAGAGCCACUCCUUAGUUGCCCUGGCUGUGUGUUUCGGGUCGUUGUCAUGCUGGAAGACCCAGCCACGACCCAUCUUCAAUGCUCUUACUGAGGGAAGGAGGUUGUUGGCCAAGAUCUCGCGAUACAUGGCCCCAUCCAUCCUCCCCUCAAUACGGUGCAGUCGUCCUGUCCCCUUUGCAGAAAAGCAUCCCCAAAGAAUGAUGUUUCCACCUCCAUGCUUCACGGUUGGGAUGGUGUUCUUGGCGUUGUACUCAUCCUUCUUCUUCCUCCAAACACGGCGAGUGGAGUUUAGACCAAAAAGCUCUAUUUUUGUCUCAUCAGACCACAUGACCUUCUCCAAUUCCUCCUCUGGAUCAUCCAGAUGGUCAUUGGCAAACUUCAGACGGGCCUGGACAUGCGCUGGCUUGAGCAGGGGGACCUUGCGUGCGCUGCAGGAUUUUAAUCCAUGACGGCGUAGUGUGUUACUAAUGGUUUUCUUUGAGACUGUGGUCCCAGCUCUCUUCAGGUCAUUGACCAGGUCCUGCCGUGUAGUUCUGGGCUGAUCACUCACCUUCCUCAUGAUCAUUGAUGCCCCACGAGGUGAGAUCUUGCAUGGAGCCCCAGACUGAGGGUGAUUGACCGUCAUCUUGAACUUCUUCCAUUUUCUAAUAAUUGCGCCAACAGUUGUUGCCUUCUCACCAAGCUGCUUGCCUAUUGUCCUGUAGACCAUCCCAGCCUUGUGCAGGUCUACAAUUUUAUCCCUGAUGUCCUUACACAGCUCUCUGGUCUUGGCCAUUGUGGAGAGGUUGGAGUCUGUUUGAUUGAGUGUGUGGACAGGUGUAUUUUAUACAGGUAAUGAGUGGAGAACAGGAGGGCUUCUUAAAGAAAAACUAACAGGUCUGUGAGAGCCAGAAUUCUUACUGGUUGGUAGGUGAUCAAAUACACUGCUCAAAAAAAUAAAGGGAACACUAAAAUAACACAUCCUAGAUCUGAAUGAAUGAAAUAAUCUUAUUAAAUACUUUUUUCUUUACAUAGUUGAAUGUGCUGACAACAAAAUCACACAAAUUAUCAAUGGAAAUCAAAUUUAUCAACCCAUGGAGGUCUGGAUUUGGAGUCACCCUCAAAAUUAAAGUGGAAAACCACACUACAGGCUGAUCCAACUUUGAUGUAAUGUCCUUAAAACAAGUCAAAAUGAGGCUCAGUAGUGUGUGUGGCCUCCACGUGCCUGUAUGACCUCCCUACAACGCCUGGGCAUGCUCCUGAUGAGGUGGCGGAUGGUCACCUGAGGGAUCUCCUCCCAGACCUGGACUAAAGCAUCCGCCAACUCCUGGACAGUCUGUGGUACAACGUGGCGUUGGUGGAUGGAGCGAGACAUGAUGUCCCAGAUGUGCUCAAUUGGAUUCAGGUCUGGGGAACGGGCGGGCCAGUCCAUAGCAUCAAUGCCUUCCUCUUGCAGGAACUGCUGACACACUCCAGCCACAUGAGGUCUUGCAUUAGGAGGAACCCAGGGCCAACCGCACCAGCAUAUGGUCUCACAGGGGGUCUGAGGAUCUCAUCUCGGUACCUAAUGGCAGUCAGGCUACCUCUGGCCCCCCCAAAGAAAUGCCACCCCACACCAUGACUGACCCACCGCCAAGCCGGUCAUGCUGGAGGAUGUUGCAGGCAGCAGAACGUUCUCCACUGUGUCUCCAGACUCUGUCACAUGCUCAGUGUGAACCUGCUUUCAUCUGUGAAGAGCACAGGGCGCCAGUGGCGAAUUUGCCAAUCUUGGUGUUCUCUGGCAAAUGCCAAACGUCCUGCACGGUGUUGGGCUGUAAGCACAACCCCCACCUGUGAACGUCGGGCCCUCAUACCACCCUCAUGGAGUCUGUUUCUGACCGUUUGAGCAGACACAUGCACAUUUAUGGCCUGCUGGAGGUCAUCUUGCAGGGCUCUGGCAGUGCUCCUCCUUGCACAAAGGCGGAGGUAGCGGUCCUGCUGCUGGGUUGUUGCCCUCCUACGGCCUCCUCCACGUCUCCUGAUGUACUGGCCUGUCUCCUGGUAGCGCCUCCAUGUUCUGGACACUACGCUGACAGACACAGCAAACCUUCUUGCCACAGCUCGCAUUGAUGUGCCAUCCUGGAUGAGCUGCACUACCUGAGCCACUUGUGUGGGUUGUAGACUCCGUAUCAUGCUACCACUAGAGUGAAAGCACCGCCAGCAUUCAAAAGUGACCACAUCAGCCAGGAAGCAUAGGAACUGAGAAGUGGUCUGUGAUCACCACCUGCAAAACCAGUCCUUUAUUGGGGGGUGUCUUGCUAAUUGCCUAUAAUUUCCACCUGUUGUCUAUUCCAUUUGCACAACAGCAUGUGACAUUUAUUGUCAAUCAGUGUUGCUUCCUAAGUGGACAGUUUGAUUUCACAGAAGUGUGAUUGACUUGGAGUUACAUUGUGUUGUUUAAGUGUUCCCUUUAUUUUUUUGAGCAGUGUACUUAUGUCAUGCAAUAAAAUGCAAAUUAAUUACUUAAAAAUCAUACAAUGUGAUUUUCUGGAUUUUUGUUUUAGAUUCCGUCUCUCACAAUUAAAGUGUACCUAUGAUAAAAAUUACAGACCUCUACAUGCUUUGUAAGUAGGAAAACCUGCAAAAUCGGCAGUGUAUCAAAUACUUGUUCUCCCCACUGUGUGUGUGUGUAUGUAUGUAUGUAUGUAUGUAUGUAUGUAUGUAUGUAUGUAUGUAUGUAUGUAUGUACAUAUAUAUGUGUGUGUGUGUAUGUAUGUGUAUAUAUGAGAGCGUGCGUACAGGUACAGUGGCUUAUACCCACUUAUUUUACAUUUUGUUGUUACAGCCUAAAUUUAAAGUGGAUUCAAUUGAUUUUUUUCUCACCCAUCUACACACAAUACUGCAUCGUGAAAACAUUUUGUAAAUGUAUAGAAAAUAUUAUAUAGAAAUAUCUAGUUUACAUAAGUAUUCACACCCCUCAGUCAGUACUUUGUAGAAGCACCUUUGACAGCGAUUACAGCUGUGAGUCUUUCUGGGUAAGUCUCUAAGAGCUUUCCACACAUGGAUUGUGCAACAUUUGCCCAUUCUGUCAAAUUUGGUUGUUGAUCAUUGCUAGACAACCAUGUUCAAGUAGAUUUAAGUCAAAACUGUGACUCAGGAACAUUCACGGUAUUCUGGACAAAAAGUUACAUUUUUUUACAUGCCACAUUUUUUUGCAGUAUUACUUUAGUGCCUUGUUGCAAACAGGAUGCAUGUUUAGGAUUUUUUUAUACUGUUCAGGCUUCCUUUUCACUCUGUCAAUUAGGUUAGUAUUGUGGAGUAACUACAAUGUUGCUGAUCCAUCCUCAGUGUUCUAUCACAGCCAUUAAACUCUGUAGCUGUUUUAAAGUCACCAUUGGCCUCAUGGUGAAAUCCCUGAGCAGUUUCCUUCCUCUCCGGCAACUGAGGUAGGAAGGACACCUGUAUCUUUGUAGUGACUGGGUACAUUGAUACACCAUCCAAAGUGCAAUUAAUAACUUCACCAUGCUCAAAGGAUAAUUCCGUGUGCUUGUAGGUGUUUUUUUUUUUUUUUUUUUUUUUCUCCUCCAUCUACCAACAGGUGCCCUUUGCGAGACAUUGGAAAACCUCCCUGAUCUUUGUUGAAAUUCAAUGCUUGACGAUGGGACCUUACAAAUUAUCUGUAUGUGUGGGGUACGGAGUUGAGUUAGUCAUUCAAAAUUCAUGUUAAACACUAUUAUUGCACACAGUGAGAGUCCAUGCAACUUAUUAUGUGACUUGUUAAAUAAAUUCUUACUCCUGAACUUAUUUAGGCUUGCCAUAACAAAGGGGUUGAAUACGUAUUGACUCUAGACAUUUCAGCUUUAAAGUUAAUUAAUUUGUUAAAAAUAAAAUAAUUCCACUUUGACAUGGGGUAUUGUGUGUAGGCCAGUGACACAACAUCUCAAUUUAAUCCAUUUUAAAUUCAGGCUGUUACAACAAAAUGUGGAAAAAGUGUGAAUAAUUUCUGAAGGCACGAGCUGCCAGAACAGCUUCAAUGCAGCUUGACAUAGUCUACAAGUGUCUGGAACUCUAUUGGAGGGAUGUGAAACUAUUCUUCCACUUGACAUUGGUGGUGGAAAAUGUUGUCUCAUGUGCCGCUCCAGAAUCUCCCAUAAGUGUUCAAUUUGGUUGAGAUCUGGUGACUGACACACACACCCUAUACUCCUUUGAGACCCCUUUCAAAGUCUGAGCUGUCUUCUAGCCACGCUAUAGCCAAAAUAAUGGGCAACUGGGCAUUUUAUAUAAGACCCUAAGCAUGAUGGGAUGUUAAUUGCUUAAUUGAAGUGCCUUCUUUCAAUUUACUUUGUAUCCCUCAUUUACUCAAGUGUUUCCUUAAUUUUGGCAGAUGAACAUUAUGCUCUUUCCAUGACUGACCAGGUGAAAGCUAUGAUCCUUUAUUUAUGUAUCUUGUUAAAUCCACUUUAAUCAGUUUAGAUAAAGGGGAGAAGACAGGUUAAAGAAGGAUUUUUAAACCUAGACAAUUGAGACAUGGAUUGGCAAAAGGUAUGAAUUCCUCUCAACUGACCCAUGCUGUCCCUAUUUCUUCUCUCCUCUCUCCUCCAGCCAGUUGAGUCACACCUGUUGCUGUUCACCCCUGAUCAGAUGGACAGAGUGAGACAGGCCAUUUGCCCCAGUGACCUCAUGUCGUUCACACCUCCCUCUGAUUGAUAGAACGAGCAACUGAUGAGACUGAUAUGCAUAACUGCUGUUGUAUAUUUUUCUAUUUUGUCUACAUAUAGCGAGACUAGUUUAAAGUCUCUAAAAUAAACAUUUUUAUAUGCAUUGUUUUAUUUUAUUUUAAACUCAUUGUCAGAAAAUAGUUUUUUUGUAACUUUCCUUACACUGUUUUGUGCUAUCUGUACUACAUUAUUAUUUAAAUACCAAAAAGGCACCAGGUAGUGUUAACUAGUAACCACGUUCUAUAUGGAGCCCAGAUGUCCAGCUUUUGUAUACAAAAUCAACUUUGUUUAUUUUUAGCUUAAAUUCUGUUAUAUUGAAUAUGCGUGUGGAAAAACCUUUUGAUUUGUGUAAAUAAAAUGUAGAUUCUUC